CCCCGAUAAUAAUGUGUGACUUACACUAAGUAUAUAAUCACAUGCUUAUCACGUGUAUGUUGGCAGGUGUGGGACAGUGAACUGGCGCGACAGGCUCAGUACACGUCUGCCCAAUGCGAGUACAUGAGGAACGAGCACAGGCACGACCAGUCAACCCAGUAUGACUACGUCGGAGAAAACAUUGCUGCCACCGGUAACUACUCCUACAAUCUGACACUGAUGGUACAAGAAUGGUGGGAGGGAAGACAGUACUAUGACUACUCUACAACCUACUGUGGUGACGACGACGACGACGACAACAGGAGGAAGAGGGAGGAUAGGGAGGAAUUUGAUGACUGCCAGAGUUACACACAGCUGGUGUGGGCUCAGACGAGUAAGGUUGGUUGUGGAGCUUUCAGAUGCAGUGAACUUCGAAUGUACGAGGAUGGAGACUAUGGGGCAACGCUACUGGUGUGCAACUACGGCCCAGGAGGGGCCUACCAAGGCAUACAGCCGUACAAUACAGGUUCAUCCUCGUGCUCCAAUUGCCCAUCUGGCAAGAGCAACUGCAACAACAAACUGUGCUCCGGAGUUCCGUCGACCACUGUUUACUCGUGGCUACUCGUUGCCAUGGCGAUACUGGGUACAGCUUUCCAGCAGAUAUCAUGAACAAAGACGACGUCGUCAUUUUUUCAUCUCGUUUAAAGCAGACGUGACACUUACAACA